AUGCCCCAUGUAUCGGCAGCUAGGAUUCGAUUGAUCAAAGAUCUUGAUUCGUUGGAUCUCCCACCUACAGUAACUUUAAGCAUAAAAGCUUCACCACAUAGCAUGGAUAGGAUGCAGCCGCCCAAAUUGGAAGUGGUUGUGAGUCCCGAUGAAGGAUACUACAAUCACGGUUCCAUCAGUUUCAACCUGGAUUUUAACGAGGUUUACCCAAUCGAACCACCAAAAGUAACAUGUUUGAAAAAGAUCUUCCAUCCAAAUAUUGAUUUAAACGGAAACGUCUGUCUAAAUAUACUUCGGGAAGAUUGGUCACCGGCUCUGGAUUUACAAAGUAUCAUUAUCGGGCUUCUUUUCUUGUUCUUAGAACCUAAUCCUAAUGAUCCCCUAAAUAAAGAUGCAGCAAACCUGUUUUGCCAGGACCAAAAAAAAUUUGCAGAAACUGUUAUAUUGACCAUGUCUGGAGGCUCAGUCGAUCAUGUCCUAUAUGAUGACGUAGUUCCUCAUUGA